CUCCCGGUCCCCAGCCAUGACGACGUCGGCGCUGCGCCGCCAGGUGAAGAACCUCGUGCACAACUACUCAGAGGCGGAGAUCAAGGUGCGAGAGGCCACCAGCAAUGACCCCUGGGGCCCGCCCAGCUCGCUCAUGGCUGAGAUCGCCGACCUGACUUUCAGCACGGUGGCCUUCGCCGAGGUCAUGGGCAUGCUGUGGCGGCGGCUCAACGACAGCGGCAAGAACUGGCGGCACGUGUACAAGGCGCUCACGCUGCUGGACUGCCUGCUCAAGACGGGCUCGGAGCGCGUGGCCCGCCAGUGCCGCGAGAACCUCUACACCAUCCAGACGCUCAAGGACUUCCAGUACAUCGACCGCGACGGCAAGGACCAGGGCGUCAACGUGCGUGAGAAGGUCAAGCAGGUCAUGGCCCUGCUCAGAGACGAGGAGCAGCUGCGGCAGGAGCGCGCGCACGCCUUCAAGACGAGGGCGCGCAUGGCGCUGGAGGGCGUGGGUGGCGGCACAAGAGGCUCCCCUUCUUCGUGCACCUCUGCUGCCUCAUCCCCCCGCUAUGCCUCGGACCUGGAGCAGGCAAGGCCCCAGACAUCAGGAGAAGAGGAGCUGCAGCUGCAGCUGGCGCUGGCCAUGAGCCGCGAGGAGGCUGAGAAGCCGGUCCCCCCAGCCUCCCACAGGGACGAGGACCUGCAGCUGCAGCUGGCCCUGCGCCUGAGCCGGCAGGAGCAUGAGAAGGAGGUGCAGUCCUGGAGAGGAGAGGACUCCCCGGUGGCCAGUGGUCCACGGGCCUCUGCUUGCCAUCGGAGGGACAGAGAUCCAGGGAGAGAGGAGAGAAAAGAGAAGCCGAAAACCGGCCAGCCCUCCAUCCUGGACUUGGCCGACAUCUGUGUUCCCACCCCGGUGCCGCCCUCCACGCGCUGCUCUGCUGACCCGUGGGACAUCCCAGGUCUCAGGCCGAGCACAGAGCCCAGUGGCUCCUCCUGGGGGCCUUCUGCAGACCCCUGGUCUCCGGUCCCCUCGGGAAACAUGCUGUCCCGAAGCCAGCCUUGGGACUUGCUUCCUACACUCUCUUCCUCGGAGCCUUGGGGCAGGACCCCAGUGCUGCCUGCCCGACCCCGCGUCACAGACCCCUGGGCACCAGACUCUCCUCACCACCCACUCUCCAGCUUGGGGGCCGACCCUUGGGGGGCCUCCACGGAGCCCUUUGACACACCUGCUGUAGGUGGUGUCUCAACCUUCGACCCCUUUGCCAAAACCCCAGAACCCACAGAGACCAAGGCAGAGCUGCAGGGUGCCCAGGCCAUGUCCUCUGGGAAGCCCAGCAGCCCCAUGGAUCUGGACCCGUUCGGAGAGCCCAGCCCCAGUUCCAAGCAGAAUGGCACAAAGGAGCCCGAUGCCUUCAGUCUGGGGGUUCUGGGGGAAGUGCUCUCACCUGCGCCCCACAGUACGGAGGCCCAUGCCCGCCGCACCCCAGAGUCCUUCCUGGGCCCCUCGGCCUCUUCCCUGGUCAACCUUGAUUCGCUGAUCAAGGUACCACAGGCUGCAAAAACCCGGAACCCCUUCCUGACAGGUCUCAGCGCUCCAUCCUCCACCAACCCAUUUGGUGCAGGCGAGCAGGUUGCACCCACCCUGAACCAGAUGCGCACCGGAUCGCCUGUGCCCAUCAUACCCAUGGGGGUGUCCCUGGGCUCCAUGACCUACAGCGCCUCCUUGCCCCUCCCGCUUAGCAGCGUCCCGGUGGGCAGGACCCUCCCUGCCUCGGCCAGUGCCUUCCCACAGGCUGGUGCCUAUAACCCACUGGCCCCGAGCCUGCCGCCGCCUCUGCUGCCCACGUCCAGCUUGGCUGGGUCGCUGCAGGAGUCCCGGCAGAUGGACACCAACCCCUUCCUCUGAUUGACUCGAUGGCGACAACAAGGAGCCCCCCUCUUCCGGCCUGGGCAGUGCUUGUAAAGAUUGAGCACUGAUUGGACUUCUUGGACUGCAGAGAGCUCCUGAAGUUAGAGAUGAACCUCCUUCGCCGGAGCUGAGACCACACCCCCACAAUAAAGACUGGAACCCAGGUCCUCAGCUCUUACCAAGUGGACUUUUUGCCCGCUGUGGCAGCUAGGUCAGGACCACAGCACAGAUCACCCGCUGCAGAGGAAGUGAUUCCUCCACAAUCUGGAGUGCACAGAUACUCCCAUUUUCCUUACAGCGCCACCUCUACUCCUCUCAGCCUGGCGCCUCUGCUUCCAGAUGCUCCUGGGCUGUUGGGCAUUGGGGUAGUCAACAGCCAAGGGCAGCAGGCACUUGUUUUAUGUAUUGCACACUCAUUAGUAGGCUAAGCAC